AGGGUUUCUGCUUGCUGAGUGCUUUCAGCUUUGUGUUCACUGCUAUUGCUAGACAUAGCAGGACGUAGGACCAAGAGGAAACUUAUCUAAGGCGGAAUUAAACCUGUGGUACUGUGUUAGGUCAGUUUCUUGCCUAGUAAAGAUAUUGUAAAUUCUAAAAUGUCCGUACGUAAAGCUUCUCAUGCAGGUAGCUGGUAUUCCGAUUCAGCUAAGGAACUUGGUCGUCAGCUUGAUGGGUGGCUAGAAGCUGCCAAUUUUUCACAUGGACCUGCAAGAGCUAUAAUUGCUCCGCAUGCUGGCUAUCGUUAUUGUGGGUCAUGUGCAGGUUUUGCGUACAAACAAAUUGAUCCUACGAACGUGAAACGUGUCUUUAUUCUAGGGCCAUCUCAUCAUGUUCGACUGUCUGGCUGUGCCCUAUCUACAGUAGCAAAAUAUCGCACACCUUUUUGUGAUCUCAAUCUAGAUACUCAGGUGUACAAAGAACUGCAGAGUACAGGUUGUUUUGAGUGGAUGAACUUGGAAACAGAUGAAGAUGAGCACAGCAUUGAAAUGCAUUUGCCUUACAUUGCCAAAGUGUUUGAAAAUCACAGAGAUAUUUCCAUAGUCCCGAUUUUGGUUGGAUCGCUGUCACCGGAACGUGAAACUCACUACGGAAGACUUCUUUCCAGAUAUCUCGUUGAUCCCAGCAAUUGCUUCAUUAUUUCUUCAGACUUCUGCCAUUGGGGCCAGCGGUUCCGUUAUACGCACUAUGAUAAAUCUUGCGGCGAAAUUUAUCAGUCCAUUCAGAGACUUGACCAACAAGGUAUGUCCAUUAUUGAAAUGUUGGAUACCACUGGAUUCACCGAAUACUUGAAAAAAUACGGAAACACGAUUUGUGGCCGACAUCCAAUCGGAGUGCUGCUAAACAUGGUGGACCAUAUUCGUGAAACUUCGAACGGUUUGACGGCUUCCCUCAAAUUUGUGGAUUACGCUCAGUCGAGUCAAUGCCGGUCAUUUAGCGAUUCAUCGGUCAGUUAUGCAUCUGCUGCGCUACUCUUAGAAUGAAUCAAAAUGGAGAGCAUUCUAUGUUAAAUUAAAGAACAAGAUGAAAAAUCCGUUAGCGGGUUCUCAUAAACCAAGGAAGAAUAUAUGAUAUGACUGAUCAUUUGGCUGAAUUCAAGAACGAACGACAAUUUUACUUUAAUCUCUUUUGUUCACAGGUCUUGGUCAAAACUGUAAUCAACCAGUAUCUGCUCCUAACUAUUAGUUGAAACGCUAAAUCAGUCCAUUUACCUGCGAAUGAAUAUGACACAAAAUUAAAAUUGCACGUAACUUUCGACUUUUUUUAAAGAUAAAAAUGAUCGGCAUUUGGAGCAUUGGUGAACAUUUUAUUUACGUCUUCAGCUAGCUAAUUUUAAUUUUCUAAGUAUACUUUUUUGAAAUAGCUUGAUGCAUAUAACUGAAGAUGUAUAUGCAGGUGGUUCAGUUUUUCGUUUGUCUGCGUAAUAGUUGCUGGUUAUUUUACUAUGCAAUUACAUUGUGUACUUCCAAGGUAAUAAAUAUACCUGUAGCGGA